UUUGAAGCGAUACUCUCGAGCUCCACAAUGGCAACCGGAUUCCACGACCUCACGGCCAAGCUGCUCACGGGCGAAACCUUUGAUUUCUCCUCGCUUCGGGGCAAAGUGGUCCUCAUUGAGAACGUCGCGUCUUUCUGAGGGACAACCACCAGGGAUUACACCCAGAUGAACGAGCUCCACGACCGAUAUGCCAGCAAGGGGCUCGUUAUCCUGGGUGUACCCUGCAACCAGUUUGGUCACCAGGAGAACAACAGGAAUAAUGAAAUCCUCCCGUCGUUGAAGCACGUCCGACCCGGGAAUGGCUACGAGCCAAAGUUCCAGCUCUUGGAAAAGGUUGAUGUGAAUGGCAAGGAUGCCCACCCACUGUUCACAUUCCUGCGAGAGAGCCUCCCGUUUCCCAUCGACGACCCCACCUCCCUGAUGACUGACCCCAAGCUCAUCAUUUGGAGUCCCGUCUGCAGAAAUGAUGUUUCCUGGAACUUUGAGAAGUUCCUCAUUGGGUCAGAUGGCGUGCCCUUCAAGCGUUACAGCCGCAAGUUCCUUACGAUUGACCUUGACGGAGACAUCAAGAAGCUCUUGAGUCAAGCAAACUAACAAAAGUCAAGCUCCUCAGCCUGGUCAGGACCACCUGUGCUCUCUUGUUGACCUGUAUGCUGUUUUCUGCUCUUUUACUCAAUGAAGGUCACCUCUGAAACCAUACCACUUGUGAGGAGGUUUCCUGAUGCACUGUAAAGAAACGGAACACUUCAGCUACAUUAAGACAUGUAAAGCACAGCUGUGGUUCAAAAGAACAAAUAAACAUCUUUCUUCCA